CUGGUUGGAACCGGAACUACAAGUGAAGUCUACAAAAAUACCAUUUUUCUGCAUUAUAUAAACUACCAUUUCUAAAUUAUUACAUUUUAAUUAAUCUCAUGAGAAAUACUCCGUAUUAAAUAAUAAAUGUUAACGAAAAGGCUUACUAAAUUUAAUAAAAAUCUGGCACUUUUUAGCAAUGAUUUAUACAUGUGCAUAUAUGCAUGCUAUCUACAUAUGUGCAUGUUUGCUAACAGUUACUUGUUGUGUUUAAUCUUUGUAUUGUGAGGAAUCAAUGAUUGUUGAAUUAUCAUAAUCAUUCUUGUUCUUGGUAAUUCGACAAACUUUGAAUUAUGCAGUUUUAUAAGGAAAAACUUUUGUCACCUGGACAAUUGAAACGUCUGAGUGAACACAAGUACAGCUGUACAACGAAUAGCCUUUUGGACGGACUUCUUCAACCGUGGUGGGACUGGCUCGUUAGCAAAGUUCCACUUUGGCUUGCACCUAAUUUAAUCACGAUUUUGGGGCUUAUCGUGAACAUUGUUACCACUUUAAUUCUUAUUUAUUACAGUCCCGAUGCUAAAACCGAGGCACCUAGGUGGGCAUGCUUUUUAUGUGCACUGGGUUUAUUCAUUUAUCAAAGCCUGGAUGCCAUAGAUGGCAAACAGGCAAGAAGAACAGGAACUUCAACACCAUUGGGUGAACUGUUUGAUCACGGAUGUGAUUCUAUAUCAACCGUGUUUGUUGCUCUGUCAGCAUGUAUAGCUGUACAAUUAGGAUAUUAUCCAACAUGGAUGUUUUUCCAAUGUUUCUGUGCAAUGACACUAUUUUAUUGUGCUCAUUGGCAGACCUAUGUUUCAGGUUCAUUAAGAUUUGGCAAGGUUGAUGUUACGGAAGCACAGUUUACUAUUAUAACGAUUCAUCUGAUUUCUGCAAUCUUUGGGCCCAAAAUAUGGAUGAUGGAGAUACCAUACAUAGAUGGUUUUAUGUUUAAGUAUUUAAUAGGAGUUAUGACAGUAAUUUGUGCACUGGCAAACUUAUAUUCCAUCUUUUCGGUGAUUUUCACCGGAGGAGUGGGCAAGAAUGGUUCAACUGUGGCUAUGCCAGUGCUUGGUGUAGGCACGAUCAGUAACUACGUAGCAGUGUUAUUUUAUGCAGGCUACAUUCAUGUAUUCCUUGAAUUCUGUAAAGUGUUUGAAUCUGGUGGGAUUGGAAAGAAUGGUUCCACAAUUGCAUUGCCAUACACUGGCACAGAGGUCAAGGUGUUUCCAUUAUGGGCUGCUGUGGGCAUCGCUAUUUUAUUUGCACAGAGCAGCAUGUCCGUCAUUCUUGCCGGUGGUGUCGGAAAAAAUGGCUCCACCGUCGCAGGAACAUCAGUUUUAUCACCAAUUAUUCCAUUUAGCUUUGUGGUAGUACCAGCUUUUAUAAUUUAUAGAAAAAGUGCUGAACAUGUAUAUGAAAAUCAUCCUGCACUGUAUAUACUUGCAUUUGGAAUGGUUGCAGCUAAAGUUACCAAUCGAUUAGUGGUUGCUCAUAUGACAAAAAAUGAAAUGCAAUAUUUAGACAGUUCACUGAUUGGACCAGCAAUGCUGUUCUUGAAUCAAUAUUUCAAUUUCUUUAUCAAAGAAUAUUAUGUUCUUUGGCUAUGCUUUAUCUGGGUGACUUUGGAUUUAUUCCGAUAUAGUGCUCAAAUAUGCCUUGAGAUUUGCGAUCAUAUGAAGAUCAAACUGUUUAGGAUACCCUUAGGAGAUCAUCGAUCGAGCCAGGUUUCUAAUACAGCUGAAAAAAAUGUUCACAUGAUGGUGGAACAAGAACCUCUGUUAGACGAGGAUUAUCAUCAUGGAUCCGAUACCACCCUCGACCUAUGACGAUUGCAAAAAUAUUUCUCAACGUUCAAGAUGGACAGGGUGUCAAUAAAAGUUUCUACUAAUUGGAAAUUAUUUUUUCCAAUGAAAGACUCGUGUAAACUGGUAUGGUAGCAAAGUACAAAUCUUGGCUGACCUUUGCUCCCUUCUGAAUUGCUGCAUUGUUUUUGAUCAACAUUUGGAUAGAAGGGAGAUGGAAGUUGUGGAUACGUAUAUGAUACGUUUGAAAACCGGUGAUUGAAACAUAGUUGUUCUAAACAACGUAAUACCCGUUAGAUAAGACUUCAUAUUAAUUAUUUCAGAUUUUAGAUUUUAACCCUUGUGCACUGUUUAAAUGAAGAAAUAUAUUAGAUCUGAAAGAGUGCUUGAUGGUUGAAAGAUUUAAGAAAACGAGGGUAGGAAGAUAAUUCUUUUUCUUUUGUGUGUUUUAGAAGGUCAUCCUUUAUAAGGAUAAUCCUUGAUACUAUGUAAGAGGAGAUAGGACAUUUUUCUUGAUAGAAUUUUAAAUCAGAACUUUUCUCUGGACAUAUUUGGUAUCAAGAUAGUACAGGUUUUAGCAUAAUAAGUAACAUAUGUAUUAAUUCCAAUGUAUUAUGGUCUUGUAAUUUUCACUGAAUUCUUAACAAUACUUGUUUAAAGUCGUAGAGGAAGCAAAGUAGGGCAGUAAUAGAUUUUAUAAAUAGCAGUUCGACGUAAAAUUUAUGUACACUUUCAUCUAUUUAUUACUUAAGAUUUAAGUUGAAAUUAUAUAUUAUCUGUAUAGAAAUUUUUCCAUGGAAAGCUACACGGUUUUUAAAAUACUAGUAUCAUCAAGUGAACGUACUGUUGUAAACUGUGAAUAAUGUAAUUUUGUGCAAUCAAAUAAAUUUUCAUUAACA